ACGGGUGCACACACAUGCAUAUAGGCGCCCGCAAGUGACACACGAACGCGCGCUCUCUCUCUCUCACUCACUCUCACACACACACACACAGCGUGAAAGUGGGUUUUUAGCACACCUCUGACGUCACUCCAGCACGUCACCUUCUUCUCUCGUCUCCACUCGGCGUUAAUCUGUGGAGGAGUCUGAAGCGUCUCUGCGUCUCUCGGUGUCUGUGCGCUGAGCUGGGCAGUGGAGGAUCGUUAGCGCUUAUUAAAGGAUGCUGCAUGGGUUCACAGCGUUGCAGUGGCUCUGCUUCCUCUCAUUCCCACCCUGAGCAUGGACAACUAAAUCAGGACUAAAAGGGGACUAAAGAAGGUCUAAACACGCACCGAUUCACACCAAGAGGGAGUUUAUCAUUCUUCAACAUUAACAAAAAUCCCCACAGGAGACACUCGCACUUCAUCAUGUCGACCAAAGAGAGACUUAAAGCCAGCAUGAGCAAAGAGAGCGUCACUCUGCUGCCCUGCUUCUACUUUGUGGAGCUCCCGAUCCUGGCCUCCUCAGUGGUCAGUCUGUACUUUUUGGAGCUGACAGACAUUUUCAAGCCUGUGCACUCAGGCUACAGCUGCAAUGACCGGAGCCUGAGCAUGCCCUACAUCGAUCCCAACAAGGAGGUCGUACCGUUCCUCAUGCUCUUCAGCCUGGCGUUUGUAAUUCCUGCAGCCACGAUUAUGAUCGGAGAAGGCAUUCUAUACUGCUUCCAGGUCAAAAGAAGAAUCAACAUAAAAACCGAAGCCAACAUAAAUGCCGCCGGCUGUAACUUUAAUUCCUACAUCCGCCGGGCUGUGAGGUUUGUGGGUGUUCACAUCUUUGGCCUGUGCAUCACAGCCCUCAUCACAGACAUCAUCCAGCUGUCCACAGGGUACCACGCUCCCUACUUCCUGACAGUGUGUAAACCCAACUACACCAUCCUCAACACCACCUGUGAUGAUAACUCCUUUAUCGUGGAGGACAUCUGCUCAGGCUCGGACACAGCAGCCAUCAACGCUGGAAGGAAGUCUUUCCCAUCACAACAUGCCACCUUGGCUGCCUUCGCUGCGGUGUACGUCUCAAUGUACUUCAACGCCACCUUAACUGACUCCUCCAAGCUACUCAAGCCCCUACUGGUCUUUUCCUUCAUUAUGUGUGCAGUCAUCUGUGGUCUGACUCGCAUCAUCCAGUUCAAAAACCAUGCCAUGGAUGUCUACAGUGGCUUCCUUAUCGGGGGAAGUAUCGCUGUCUACCUGGGUCUGUAUGCAGUGGGUAACUUUAAACCCAGCGAGGACACGUCACUUCGCCAGCGGCCACGUCCCCAGCCACGUCACCCUCAGCCCCCACCCAUGCAGAUUCCCCCCCAGCCUCAGCCGAUCAUGCCUCCUCCUGCCCUCCGUGAGCCCCUGCGUCCUCUCCCUAACCUUAACACAGAGCCUCCACGACUGCUCCAGCCCAAGAGUCUGAGCGUAAGGGAACGUCCAACUUCAGCUCGCUCGGAAAGCAUCCUACUUAGAGGACCUCACCGUGACUCUUCCUUCAGCUUAAAAAGGGCCAGCACUGAGCUGGAAUGUAUCACAGCAGCUAGUCAACUGUACCAGGAUAGCAUGGUGACCUUUAGCAACACUCUGCCUCGUUCACACUCUAUAGGUGCAGAGGAUCCGUUGCCACGUCGUCACGCCGCCAUCCAUGCUUCCAUGGAUUCCACAAGAUCCAAGCAAUUGCUCUCACAAUGGAAGACCAAAAACGAGAACCGCAAGCUUUCGUUGCAGGCAGGGGAGGGUCCUGAAGGGGGCAUGGAAGUUCGCUGCAGCUCUGAACCCACUGCCAUGGGUCUGGAGGGGCCGCCUGGACAGUAUAUGAAAAUGGCAGCCAGUGUUGUGCCGUUGGCUAACCACAAUGGUGUAGGUGGUGGUGGAGGUGGGGCCAGAGUGUCUAUCCAGUCACGGCCAGGCUCGUCACAGUUAGUACACAUUCCAGAGGAGACACAGGAAAAUGCGUGCUCAUCUCUGCAGGAAGACAACGAGGAAGUAUGUGAUGGUGGAGGAGGAAUGGUCGGGAAUGCAAGGGCAAAAUGGAUGAAGAUGGCCGAGAAGAGCGCCCCCUGCAGGACUAACAGUCAGCCACGGAUAAUGCAAGUGAUUGCCAUGUCUAAACAGCAGGGCAUGAUUCACGGAAGCCCCAAGAGCGAGGGCAGUGCUGUCAGCCGCACAGGAUCCAUCCGCUACAAGGCACUGACAGAGCAGGACCCCAGCGCAGGCAUUGUGCACGUUGAUGCCCACCCGGAAAACAGACCCAACUCAGAUGCCGGUGGGUCCUGGAGGUGGAAGGCACCACCAGAGCGUGUCAGCAUACGCCAGUGCUUUGAGCUCAACGAUCUCAACCGCAAUUCAGAGAGCUGCGAUUCCCUGAAGGACGGCUAUGUACCUGACAUGAGCAACCCUCAUCAUCCACACUUUCACCAUCACCACCAUUUUCCCCACCCGCACCAACACCAGCAGGCCAUCACCACCAUCCGCGUGACACCUGUUGAGUCAAGCAGUGAAGCCGAGGCUGCCUCCGAGACGCUUUCCCUUGCCUCCAGCCAUGACUCCACCCUGCGCCGCAAAAACAUCAUCCUGCUGCCUGACCGAGGCCCGAGUCCAGACAAUGCCAGGAACCUGCCGCACUUUUUCAAACCAUCCCCUACGCCUCCUCCCACUGUGACCUUCAAAGAGUGAACUCGAGCUCAUUCCGUCUUUAUGUUCCAGAGUGGCCUUGCUCUCUUAUCUGACUUGCAGUUCUCUGGAAGGACAGAUGGGAGUCACACUGGAUAUACAGUAAUUUCUUUUCACCUGCACUGGCUCCCUCCGACUUUGUAAGGUGGCGUUAUGUAUUUUCAAUUUUUUUGAUGUACUGUGACAUUGAACAAAGCACAAAAGUUCAUUUUUGUGACUCUUUCACGAGGGUGGUUUUGUGGUUUAAUGAAAUACACUUUUCCUUUUAUAAUAAUUGAUACUAUUAUACACAAGGAAACUUUUUGUCACAGACGUUCACUACCUAGCCAGUGUUUUAUGUUUCGUUUUGUUUUUCAGCUCUGAUUAUGCUUAACAGGUAUGAGUGUUGUCUCUUAGGGCAACAUGGGGGUGCUUUUUUGGAAAUGUACUUUCAUACCUUAUCCAGUGUGUUGGCAUUUUGUUCUCAGUGUAAACAUUUGUAACGGAACACAUUAUUCAACAUCAUUACUGCAUCUCUGCUAAUGGCUAAUAAUUAUCCUACAUGUUGCUUUUAGGCCAGUAGGGAAAUCUGACUGAGUCAUGGCAAUAGUGCAUUCAAAAUUUUGGGACAUGGCAUUAUGGAGGGUUGAUUCGGUCUCCCAUACACACUGUGUUAGCCAUUCUUUUUUCACCUAGUGAUUAGACUAAUGCUUUUCGACUGCACCGAAGAAGGUUUUGCCUUAAGACAGUUGUUGAAGUGCUGAAGAUGAGGUUCAGACACGUCUCACAUUAAACUCACCUAUUUACCUAUAUUUUCCAUUUUCAGUCACAUUCACUGUAUUCAUAUUAGAUUUUUUCUCAGUUUCUCAUUUUUUUGUCCCUCAGUUGUAGUUUGAGCACACGUAAAAUUUUGUUUUCUUUUUUUGGGUUGAUGGGCUGAAUAUUUACAGUGACGUUCCCGUGGAAUUUGUUUUUCUCUUCCCUGCUUCUCACCUGGCAAGCUGCUCCUCCUCCUCCUCCUCCUCCUCCUCCUCUUCCUCUUCCUCUCUACGGGUGUUUAUAAAAAUCCAAGCAACCUUCACAAAGACUCCGGAAGAAGCACUUCAACUCUUUGGUUGAUUUUGACACCUGACUUUUUUUGUUUCUCCACACUGCAGGAACCUUUUGCUAAUAAUCUUUCUUCAUAGAGUGCCUCAGAGAGAUUUAGAGUAAGUUAUUGAUUUUAUUUAUUUAUUUUUUUGCCUGUUGAUUACUAUAACUUUCUAAACAUUGUGCAGUGUUUCCUCAAUAUGGUGCAAAAUUAGUAGACAUCCUAGACACAUUUAGACGCUCUCCUUUUGAUGAAUUAUGUCGCUUUUUGAUUUGAGAUUUGCUAGCAUUCAAAAUGCAGUGUUUUGCCAGAGAACUUACCAUAUUUUCUGGAAUUUUCUAUAAGAUGGCCAUAUGUAUUUUUUACAGUACUAUUCCGAUAGAUAGGGUAGUUUUGCAACCAUAAGAUUGUCGCUAGCAUAAUAUCCAAAAUCCCUCAGUCUAGCUUCUGUCUAAACGUUUUUUAGCGCAUUCUGAGUAAAAUGAUGUGAAGAUUAAAAAUAGAACAAAACAUAGCUUUGCUAAGUUGAAAUCACCAUGAUAAUAGCAAGUCUUUUCAGACAAACAAAAACUCUUUCAGACUCUUUCUGUGUCUAAGGGAAGGGAGAACGCAGGAUUGUUGCAGACGCUUCAGCUCAACAUACAAAGCUGCAACACUAACAGGAGAAAAGCUGAAGACUUUACAGAUCAAAAAAAUCUGAUGUGCCUUUUGUGAGGCAGAGUAAAAAUUAUAUUUAAAUUUAGACCACAGCGCAGUUGAAUUCUUGAAUCUGAAGCCGGGGUUAAUUUUCUAUAGCGGUAACAGCAUUGCAUUAUACUGGUUUGGUCCGCUCCACUAUUCUGGUGGACGAACCGAAUGGAAAGCAGAGUGCUGAUAUUCAGCAUAACAGCUCUGGUACAUUUCAUUGUUCGUGUCUCUUUGUCUCGCUCUCUUUUCGCUACGGAAAACUUCCAUUUCCAGCUAUAGUUGUUACACCGAAACCGUUACUAUUCUUAUUAUGGGCUGUCAUUCAGUCUGUACGUUGCAUGGCAACACAUAGUGCUCUAUCUAGCUGUGGCUAUUUUCGGAAAUAUUUACACUGACAGUGAAAAUAUAAGAAAAAAAGUCAGAUUGUGUAUGAAAUCGCAGUUACUCAUUAGCAAUUCUGUUUAUCGAACUGUCGUGUAAAAGCAAUAUCACAGCCGCAGUUGUGAGGUUGUGCUGAAUAUUAGCAUGACUGUGCCUCACUCCUGCAGCCGGUGUUCUUUCUCGUGCGAUAUUGCUUUAAUAUGUUAUUGUUUCUAUAGUAACAACAGGAAUCGUGACAUAGAUAUGAUGGACUCCCUCACCGAAUAUUAUAAACCUAAUAACGAACAAAUUUUAAUAAUGUUAACAGAUCAAAACAUGACAAGAUGCAUUGAAGAAAACAGAACCUGGUGAGGGAAUGGUUCUUUAUAGCUGUUAUAAUGCAAGUGAUAAAACAGUAAACGGUUAAAACAGAACGCAUGCCGUCUAUUAAUCUAUUUGAAAUUGUAACCUCUUCUCCAAUUGCGCUGCUUUAAGAGGAAUAAAGACUUCAGGAUGUGCUGUUAUAGAAAAUCAGUCCACUCUAGGUCAUGUCACAUCAUGUUUUAUUCCUUUAUAUUAUUUCCUGUAUACUUUUACAUUAUCCAGAUUCCAUACAGAGAAAGUCCAAAUCGUGAUACAUCCUGAUUUCUUUUAAACCAGAAAGAAUUUACAACCAUGUGUCUUCUAUUUUGAGGAGAUUUACUGUCCAGACAAUAUGGUAUGGUCAACAUGCAUCAUUUGUGGGAGUAUUUGAUAACGAAGAUAUCAAGAAGCUCAUCGUGGUGAGUCUGACACAGUAAGAUCACACAAUGAAGGUGUUCGUUCAUUUGUGAAGAAUCUUCUAAAACUGUGCAUUUCUACAUUUCUAAUCCUAAACAAUGCCAUAUACACAUUUAUAAAAUGAAAAAUAGAAAGAAAAAAAAAAUAAAACAAUGUAUUAAUAACCCUGGUAUCUGCAACAUGGUCAGAGAUGAAUUUAUUUAAUGUACAGAAUAAUUUAUAUAACUUAGGAUUUUCUAUUAUUAUUAUUAUUAUUAUUAUUAUUAUUAUUAUUAUUAUUUCGUUCCUGUCUGUUUUUUGAUUCGUUCACAAUUAGACAUCACGGACAUGUGUAUACGAUUUUUUCGGUGGAGUGUACGUUAUCAAAAUGAGAAGUGAGCCAAUUCAUUUUAGAAUUUUAUACAUGACUGUACAGUAUAAAUGUACCCUAUUCUAAGGCUUUAACCGGAUCUUCUAACUGCAUGGUCAUUUGAUACAGUACGUACUGUAACUCCAGUUUCUGUUCUGGUUUUGUACAUGAUGCCUUUUAAUGGUGGUGGUCAGUACCUUUAUGCUCUGCCAUGCAUUUUAUCCAAUCAGCUGAGUAACCACUAGAUCUUUGUACCUCUGUAAAUAGAUAUUUGUAACUUUGAGAGAGCUCAUGUGGUGAUGUAAAUUAGAAGAGAGAUGUUACAUUUGCAAAGUGUUAACCUUUCAUAUGAGUAUUUGUUUAACGAAAGAUGACAGGGUGCACAUUUAUUCGAGUGCCAUGAAGAAACAUUUCUUUCAUUUAUUAUGUUUUUUUCUUUUUCUUUUACAUAAUGUUAAACGUGUGAGAAAUGUUUUUGUUUUUUUUCUGACAGAUAAUCGAACAUGGGGCUUUGCUCUGCAGUGUGUUUUGAUUCGGGGACGAUAUAUCUUAUACAUAUUAAAAUAAAUGUUUGGUAUCAAG